UCAGCUUUAAAAUCAUAGCUAAAAUGCAGAUAUUUUAUUUGAUCUGUUUAUUUUUAUCCCUUUUUGGUUUUAUCAUGGGAGCACAUGUGCGUUGUAGUCAAAAGGGUGGAACCUCAGGAUCCUGCAACAAGAUCAUUCACGGAUAUAUGUACAGUGCGCCGAAGAGAAGUUGCUUUUCCAUGAGUAUGAAAGGCUGUGAAGCUCGGGGAAAAUUCUUCGACAAAAAGAGUGAUUGCAAUGAAUGCUUGUCGAAAUAACGAUUACAAUUUUAACUGAAAAAUAAAUGCCAUAUUGGGCUAUA